UCGUACUCCCUCCAGCUGAGAAGACAGACCUCCUCCAUUAACAUGUCCAUGAUGAUCUCCUCUAUGUCCUCACGGAGCUCCCUGGUGGGCAGCGGCUUCGGUGGCAGCGGGGGCGUCGGCCUGGGUCGAGCAUCCUACGGAGGCAUGACCUCGCUCAGCGUGGCAGGAGGAGCAGGAGGUGGAGGAAUUAGGGUCUCCCAGGCCGGCAGGAGCUUCUCUGCUGGCGGCGGCGGCAGCUAUGGCUUCGGCGGCGGAGCAGGUGCAGGUUUUGCCGCAGGUGGAGGUUUCGGUGGCGGCUUCGGGGGAGGGGCCGCUAUGGAAGACAGCGUCAUCGGCAACGAGAAGUUCACCAUGCAGAACCUGAACGACCGCCUGGCCUCCUAUCUGGCCAAGGUGGCGGCGCUGGAGAAGGCCAACGCCGAGCUGGAGCUGAAGAUCAGGGAGUUUGUGGAGACCAAGGUCGGCCCCACCACCAGGGACUACAGCGCCUUCUACGUCACCAUCACAGAGCUGCAGGGCAAGAUCCAGGACGCCAUCCUCGCCAAAGGGGCGGUCAUGCUGAACGUCGACAACGCCAAGCUGGCUCAGGACGACUUCAGACUGAAGUUUGAGAACGAGCUGUCGAUGCGUCAGUCGGUGGAGGCCGACAUCGCCGGCCUGAAGAUGCUGCUGGGUGAACUCAACGUGGCCAAGACCGACCUGGGCAUGCAGAUCGAGAGCCUGAAGGAGGAGCUGGUGUCCAUGAAGAAGAACCACGAGGAGGACCUGCUGGGCAUGCGAGCUCAGAUGAGCGGCCAGGUGAACGUGGAGGUGGACGCCUCACCUCAGGAGGACCUCACCAAGGUCCUGGAGGAGGUCAGAGAUCACUACGAGGCCGUCGCCGCCAAGAGCCGCAGAGACCUGGAGAGCUGGUAUCAGACCAAGUCGGAGAUGAUCAAACAGGAGGUGGUGACCACAGAGAUGACCCUGAAGUCGACGACGUCGGAAGUGAAGGAAGUGAAGAGUCAACUUCAGGCUCUAGAGAUCGAGCUGCAGUCACAGCUCAGCAUGAAAGCGUCUCUCGAAGGCACGCUGGCCGACAUCCAGAACCGCUACGGCAUGCAGCUGAGUGCGUACCAGAUGCAGGUGAGCGGUAUGGAGGAGCAGCUGGUGCAGCUGAGGGCCGACCUGGAGAGACAGGGACAGGAGUACCAGAUGCUGCUGGACAUCAAGACCAGGCUGGAGAUGGAGAUCGCCGAGUACAGGAGGCUGAUGGAUGGCGAGAUAGGCGGAUCUUCAAUCUCGUCCUCCACCACCACCACCACCAGCAAAGUCAUCACGAAGGUCAUCGAGGAGACCAUCUGAGACCAAUCACACGUCUGUCUGAACCUGGGCGGAGUCAAAUCUCAGCCUAUCGCUGUCCUGCAUCUGAGAUCAGGAGCACGAUGAAGAGUGCCUCCUCUUCGCCGAGCUGCUUCUUCACACUCAUUUUCUGCUGUAAUUGAAAUCAGGUCAUCAGUCAAAGCUUGUGGGAACUUUAAGCUUCCUGGAUGUUCUGGGUGGGGCUCAACUUCAAACCUUCUCUGAUUCUUCAAGGAAUAAAACUGAACUCUGAA